AUGUGGCUGGCCCUUCUUACGUAUCAGCUUGCCACAAUCCUUCUCGCCCGGGGUCAAAAUGCCUGCAUCGGACACUCCACAUUUAGGAGUCCAGCUAACUCAGACAUCGAGGUCCUCUGUGGCUCUCAGACAGUGGACCUCCAGAUCCUCCUGUGCCCCAUAUAUUUCAAUGGAUACAACGAGUCACUGCUGGCCCUCAACUCCGAGCACUCGAAACACCAGUGUAAAGGGACUCCUGACUGGACGGCGGACCCACCUGUUGUCAAAUUCAACUUCUCCAUCACAGAGGAGGCGAUCUCCACCUGCUCUAGCGAGCUGACGGUCACUCAGGAGGUGGGAACCGGACUGUUUGCAGACUUCUCCAAUGUCCAGUACAUCACCAUCACAGGCAUGAUCUGCUCUAAGGACCCCAGCACAGAAGCCAUCACCUAUCACCAGGAGGUGAUGUACAGGUUCUCCUGCCGUUACCCACUGCAGUACUUGGUCAACAAUACUCAGAUGAGCGUGUCUGGGGUCAGCCUGGCAGUCAAGGACAACAAUGGGAGUUUCGUCAGUACACUGAGCAUGCAGCUGUUCUCGGACAAUAGCUACUCAUCCAUACUGCAGAUCCCUAAAGGAGGCCUGGAGCUGAAGACCAGGAUCUAUGUAGAAGUGAAGGCUUCCAACCUUACUAACAGAUUCAACGUGCUCCUGGACCGAUGUUACGCCACAACCUCACCUUUCCACAUCAACACCUCACACCACGAUCUCUUUGUUGGGUGUAACCGGGAUGGCCAGACAGUAAUGGGAGUCAACGGAGAGCAGCAGGAAGCCCGUUUCUCCUUUGAGGCUUUCCGCUUUGUCCAAAACACAGAAGCAACAAUCUCCACCUACUAUGUCCACUGUGCCACCAGGCUCUGUAUGAACUCCUUCUGCCCCACCCUCAUUCAGAACUGCACCGCUGGCACCAGCUUGAGACGGCGCCGCAGUAUCGACGACGACCAGGCCACCACAGUGAGUGACACGGCCACCAUCAGCUCAGGCCCCAUCACUACCCGCCAGGACAGCGGUGAGCAUCAGACUCACAUGAACAGUAGUGUGGUGGCUGUCUCGGUCGUCGCGGGCGUCGUGGGGGCCAUCUGCCUCGCUCUAGUGGCGUUCAUUGUUCACCAGAUGUACAACCGAAAUAUCAGCUUCAACAAGACAAUUCUGUCCUGA